UCACGAUCGUCGACGAAGCGGCUGGAGCGUGUUUCUGUCACUCGAGGCAGCGAAUCAAGGAUAGUAUUAAGCGGUGAACAGUCUCAGGGAUUCGCUGAGGGUUCGGAAGAGCACAAGCGCGAUGACAUGGAAGAUCUGCAGCAUGCUCGCCCUGCUCCGGCUAUUUGACGCCAGAAGCGUCGCUACCGAAGCCUUGCGAACGGCUGACAUCAAUCAGGCGGUGCAGGUGGUGAUGUGUUCACGCCAACGUCUUGACAACGUCGAAGACAUGCUCCACAGGUGCAAUUCCUGCGUUCAUGGCUCCGGUCAAGUACCCCACUGUGGGCGGCGAUCUAGCAGUAUCGACGCAUGCCCAAGAGGAGCGGUGAACUGCGGUGAACUGCGGUGAACUGCCGGCGGCCGUGGGCGUGACGUCUAGCUUUGCCGCCUAACUGUUCAUAGUGUUCAAGGCGCGCCAUAACACGAUGCUGGCUCGCUGGUGUUUAUGCGACUGAUGGAGACGCCGGGUGGUAGCGUCGGCCUCAUCCGCAACGAGACGUGUUUUUGUGCGCCCCUCGCCCACGUGAGACGCGGCGCUGUAUCGCGCUGCGGCGGUGCUGAUGCUGCUGUGUUGUCUCGUGUUGGAGAGCCACGUUGUUGAAGCUACGAGAAGGCGCCGCUAUGCCAUGUCACGUUGCUGCCGACGUUGCGUUG